AUGCACGUGCGACUUGUAGCGCUGCUGGCGGCCGCCGCUCUUAGCUCCACGACAGACGCUGUCAAGACGUGUCCCGUGUCUGUCCAGUCGCGAACGACGUCGACGCUGGCGGACCCCAUCACGGAAGUUGUCGUCUCGAUCGCCAGUGGGAGCGGGAGCAGUAGCGCCGAAGGUUCGUCUUCCUCGCCCGGCUCGGGCUCGGGCGUCGAGGACGCAGACGGCAGUCGAGGCGACCAGACGGUCGAAGUCGGGAGUGGUUCAGGUUCCUUUGCAGCGACGCCGACGAAUGGCUCGAGCACUGGAGACCACGAGGGCUCCAACACGACGACGCCGUCGACACCGUCGACGCCGACACCAACGGACAAUAGCAGCGGCAAUGACACGAACAACAGUAACGUCGAUAGUACGACUGGUACUCCCGCUCCAGACAGUGCUGGGCCUACGUCGCCCUCGACCACAACGAGUCCAACAACGGCUGAACCGUCGACGCCGUCGGCCGAGACGCCACCGUCGACAACGACUACACCCGUCGCGUCUGUCCCGACCGCGGGAAGUGUGUCGUCCGUUGCAACGAGUGCGACGACUGCGCCGACUCCUGCGGUACCGGACGCUGUGAGCGCGACGACAGACACGGCGACGACAACACCUGUAGUACCGUCGGCGGGCGUCGGGACGUCGCUAUCGCUCGGCACACGAAAGUUGCAGACGACGACGCUACCGACGACGCCACCAACACCACCAACACCACCAACACCACCGACGCCACCGACGACAAUUGAUCCGACUUUAGAGACGAAUGGGCUGGCGGGAUCACUGCCCAGUGGCACAAGUACGACGGACGGAACGAACACGACGGCGGUCCCGAGUGCACCGACAAAUGGGUCGCCUUCGACUGCUGGAACGACACCGACGCCAGGGUCGAACUCGACGAAUACUUCUGUGGACUCCAACGUAACCUCAGGAUCCGACGUGCUGUCGUGUGACAGCGCAUUUUACGCCAAGUGGGACGCACUGGGGCUGAAGUGUGGUGGCGCGGGCAUCGAUGUCGCGUCGGCCGUCGCAGCGUCCAGCUGCGUGAUUUACAGUGGCCGAGCAGGCGGCACCUCGGGCUCCUCGUGCGUUUCGAUUUGCUCGUUCCCGGCGUGCACGAACAAUGCGUGGGUGUACGGUGCGAACAACGGCAUCUCGUCGUCGGUCUAUGAUGGUUUGAGUGUCGAGGCGUUUCUACCGGGUGGUGUGGUGACGGCGCUGGAGGAGCGCUCGUCGACCGUGUCGACGUUCCUGUCGAAUUCGACGUUAUCCGACUCGGAGCAGUGCACGUACUCGUCGGAGGAUUCGUUCUCGUCGUGCUCAUGCUCAGCUAUGUUGGUGGAUUUGUCGAGCUCAGGAAGCGUGGCUGAAGGUGCGAGGAAGGAGCUGCGUCAGCAAAAUGAGGUGAAUGGUGUUAUUACGACGGAUAUGACUAGUACUACCGGCACAGUCGUGGCGGCUACGUCAAAAAGUGUUGCUGGCGUGACAGUUGCGGUCACGGGCAUUGCUGCUAUCGCUAGUGCAGCUGUAGGAGGUGUCAGCUCUGCCAGUGCUUCGUUCGCGGCUGCCGGCUCGACAAUGGCUAUUACGACAGUCGAGAUCUGCCAGUUCGGCGUGCUCGUGAAUCAGCUCCAGCUCGAUGGCAAGUCGGCGGCUUUGACGAAGUUUGGCAAGGCAAUGGCCCCCGCUGCGUUCAUGUUCUUGCCGUUUGGGACUUUGGACGAACCAAACUCGGACAGCAGCAAGUCGGACAGCGGCAGCUCGUCUGGCACUAUUGCCAGCCGUCGGUUGUCUACUUCUGGCACAAGCGGGAGCGACAGCUCGGAAGUCGCGAGUCAGCUCACUGGUAUUGAAAAAUACUCCCGUCAGCUAGACAUCAACGAAGAUAUGCUUUUCGUUGUGACGCUAGCUGGUGUCUUCUGCGUGAUGGCCAGCAUUGUGGGUUUGUUCGGUAUCGGCUACCUGCUUGCUGGUUUUGUCAUGUCCCGUGAAGACUACUUGACGGCAUUCUUCGACAAGAUGAUUGGCUUCGAGGUGCUCGUGGCCAUCUUGGCGCAGUACACUAUUGGUGUGACGGCCACCUUUCAGAUCUACUACUCGACGAAGCACGAGAGUAUAACGGACCCAAAAUGCCUGCUGGCGAUUGCUGCAAUCAUUUUCCUGGCUGCUGGUAUUCUCGUGUACGGCUACAUCGUCAUCAAGAAACACGAGGCCGAGAUCGUGGAUGUCGGCACGGUACAGCACUUGAAGAAGACUGUCAACAUGCGCUACGGUCCUCUGUACGAAGAGUACAAGUUUAAGAAUCGCUACUUCUUCGCCGCGAAGAUGAUGCUUGCGCUGACGACGGGCGUGAUCACCGGCUGCGCGAGCAUGUCGGGCAAGAUACAGGUGGCACUCAUUCUCGCGUUGAACGUGGCGUUCUUUUUCUACUUGGAGAUUCAGUCACCGCACCACUCGAAGUUUGUUCAGACCACCACGAGUUUCGUGUCCAUCAUGAAAAUUGCCGUGCUGGUGCUGACGUUUUUCCUCGUGACCGCGGCAACUGGUGACGGCUUCCCGACCAGUCUGCAGAACGGCAUUUCAGUGGCCAUUGUGGGUCUCAACCUCUUUGUGCUGGCCCUGCUUAUGAUCCGGUCGCUGUACGUAUUCUGGCAGAAGCUCAAGCUGCAACGCGACGCCGCUUACGACCAAGAAGAGCAGACUGCGCAGGACUACUUCAAGGACGAGACACCCGUUCGAACGAAGGACCAUGCUCCCGGCAACGCCCAGGUCCCCGCUGGCCAGCUGGGUCCCCAGUCCCAGUUCUCGAACUUGAACAACAACGGCAGCAGCAGUCCAUACGUCCAGGGUCAUGCCACGGCAGACCACACGGGCGCGGACGAGAUCCGUCUCCGCUCGGCUACGCACGAGAAUGACGACAGGCACCAGACAUACGACGCAGGUCGACGCUCGGCUGCCAAGCACUACAUCAAGGAAGACCAGAAGCCUGACAGUCAGCCGCGUAACGACGUGGUAGAGCUGUAG